AUGGUUGGAAAAAGGGUUGAGAAUAUUGAAGAAAUUAGAGCUUAUAUAAAAGUUCGCACAAAACUCGGUAAUUCGGUAAAGCAGAUUUUUACUGAAUUGGGGGAAGUUUAUGGGUCUGAUAAGGUAUCUUAUGAGACAGUUCGUAGGUGGAGACAGAAAUUUCUGACUGGCACAGAGUCCGUCAAAGAUGCAGCAAAAUCGGGUCGACCUGUGACUGUAUCAGGCAAGACAAAUGUCUCAAAAGUCAAGGAAAUAAUUGAAAAUGAUGGCAGGUACACGAUUCGUGAUAUUGCCAAAGCUAUGACCAAAAAAGGUACGAAUACAACCGCUAAGCGACUGCUAAAAAUGUUUCCAAACUUCAAUCAAAGACAAUUUGAAAACAUAGUUACUGGUGACGAAACAUGGGUUCACUAUUUCGAACCAGUAAGAAAAGUUGGAAACAAAUUAUGGUUAACCAAACACGGUAGAAGGCCUGUAGUUGCCAAAAGGACAAUGAGCACAAAGAAGGUCCUUUAUUGCAUAUUCUUCUCUUGUGAUGGUUUAGCCGUACAAAUUCCGGUGCCGAAGGGCAAAAGUGUUACUGGUCAGUAUUACCGAGAUGUUGUACUGAAAAAGCUCAAGAAAUAUUAUCAGAAACGACGUCCUGUGUCGGGAUUUAGGCAUGUUCGCCUUCUUCAUGAUAAUGCUCCAUCACAUACAUCUGAGCUUGUGAAGCAAUUUUUGAAGUCUGAGAAGGUUACCGUCUUGCCACACCCACCAUACUCUCCGGAUCUAGCACCAUGCGACUUUUUCCUUUUUCCAAAACUUAAAAAGUUCUUAUCUGGUCGCCGAUACAAGUCCCGACAGGUCCUUGGCUCAGCCGUCAGUCAGUGCCUCAGAGGUAUACCUAAAUCAGCGUACCGUGACGCAUUUCAGAAAUGGAUUCAGAGAUUAAAAUUGUGUAUUUCAAAUCACGGAGAAUACUUUGAAGGGAUGUAA